CACCGGGAAUAAAGUAAGAUGGCGGCCGCCAAGCGUGUUUUGUACGUUGGUUAGUGUUCCCGUUUAUAUUAAUAAUAUUCUCUUUGAUUCUAUUUACAGUGAGGGGAGGGUGUGGCUUAGUUUAGCUCACACGACAUUUGACAAUGAAGAUACUGUGUUAUUAUCAUUAUAGCUUGGUUUAUAUGUUAUCAGUUGCACUUUGUGUGCAUGUAGCUAUUCACAUUGACAGCAAACAGCGCUGUAUGUUGUGGGCUAUAACUUGCAGCGGGGAAAUGGUUACUUUACUUUUAACAGCCUUGGGGGUUUGAGGUAAUAGCUGAAGUAGUGAAGUGGAAGCAUUGCUGACUUGGACAGUUUGUUUUUUUUGACAUUUUUGCAUUAAAGGGACACUAUAGGCCACCAGACCUCUUCAUCUCAUUGAAGGGGUCUGGGUGCAGUGUCCCUGUCCCACUUAGUUUUUGAGAAAUUGCAAUGAUUACAUUGCUGGACUAAGACAGCCUCCAGUGGCUCUGAAUUAGACAGCCACCAAAGGAGUUUCCGGGGUUCAAAUGGACUCUGAGUCCCUUAAGCGACAGUGGACAUUCAGUAUCGGUGAAUUCCCCAGGGGAAAGAAUUAAAGGACCACUAUAGUGCCUAGAAAACAAAAUCGUUUUCCUGGCUCUAUAGGGUUUUUCGGACCCACUCCCGCCGGGCUGAUGGGGGAGGAAGGGGUUAAAUUCUUACCUUUCUUCAGCGCCGGGCUCCCUCGGUGCUGGGGAUCUCUCCUCCCUCUUCCGACGACAUGCGCUGAAUGCGCAUGCGUGGCAAGAGCCAUGCGCGCAUUCAAUCAGUCCAUAGGAAAGCAUUUCUCAAUGCUUUCCUAGGCGUCUUCUCACUGUAAAAAUCACAGUGGGAAGCGCCUCUAGCGGCUGUCAAUGAGACGGCCACUAGAGGCUGGAUUAACGGUAGUGUAAACAUAGCAGUUUCAGAGAAAAUACUAUGUUUACAGCUGCAAGGUUUACCAUAGAUGGACCUUGCACCCAGACCACUUCAUUGAGCUGAAGUGGUCUGGGUGCCUAUAGUGGUCCUUUAAGGCAAUGUUUUCCUUUGGGAUGGGCCUAAUGCACUCGAUGUGCAUGCGCAUUAGGUACCUAGUAGGAGGUCGCAGAGUGCUGACAUCAGCACUGAAAUUGGUUAAGUGACUUAAAAAAAAAAUUCCUUUAAACUGUUUAUAUGCCAGAUGGUGUGCUACGAAGGAGGUGGGGGCAGAGGGCACUAUAGUGUUAGGAAUACAGAUUUGUAUUCCUAACACUAUAGAAUCCCAAUCCAAAAUAUUCCCUCGAAGUACAGGGAUGUGUAUAACAAAUGAGUGCCAAGGCAUGAAUAAAAAUAAAUAAAAAGCAGCUCUAUACACUUAUGUGGAAAUAUCCUCUGAUCCACAAGAAAUAUAACAACGGUGUGAGUGAGAAACAAACACCUCUAAGUGGAGCGCUGGAAUAAAUAUACAGAACUUACCAAACUAUUCUAUGUUGGAAGUUUAGCAUAAAAUACAUGUAAAAAGAACAAAGGGUACAGUAUAGUGCAGACGGUCUUUAAAAAGUGGGGUUUAAUAUGUAGUGUAGCAGAGAAAAUACUCACAUUUAAAGGAGCCUGUGUAUAGGUACUGGCUCCUUAAUCAGACCUAUGUGCUCUUAUGGCAGCACCACCUUUCCGCUUCAGCUUGCAAUGAUCCUCAUUAACAAGACAUAAGGGGAGGAGGAGGACCAAUGUGUAGACUGUAAUAAUAUCAGAUAGAAAUAUGCAAUAAUAAAUGGGGUGCUCACCUAGUUCUGAGCCUACUGGUCCCGGCUCUAAGGUAUACAGGUUCUGUGCCAAUUUGGAUGGGGAUGGCACUACCCAUAUGAAGAUUCCCAGAGGCUCCAAGGAAGGACUUGCUUAGGAUGUGUGGAUUAAAAAUAAAAUUUAUUAUUGUACAAUGGCAAAUUAAAAGUGGAUAUAAUAUAAUAAAAAGUCCUUUAAAAUGGCCAAUACUAUAGAAUCCCUUUAGGGACAGUGGGUGUGCUAUGCCGUCCUCGGGGACCUGGCACGUUUAGUGGUGGGCGGCAUAGCACAUCCCCGCCGUUCUAUGUACUUGCAGUCGAUUGUGGUGGUCUUGCUAUGUACUUGCUGUUGUUCUGGCCCUCGUGGGCCAUGUGAUCGCGAGGUCCUGGCGAGGACCUCAUGAUCACAUGGACGGAACAGCCGUCCACAGCAGUGCCAGCAGGGUACAUAUAUUAAUAUAAAAAUACUUAUAAUUACAUUUUUAUAUAUAUAUAUUAUAAAAUAUAAAUAAGUAAUUUAAAUUAAAUAAAAAAAUGUAAAAAAAAAAAAUUAUAUCUAUGAAAUUUCAUUCUAAGUGUAUUUUGAUAUAAAUAUAUAUAUUAAUAUCAAAAUACACUUGGAAUGAAAUUGUGUAUAUAUAUAUAUAUCUAUGUAUAUAUAAAUAAAAAUACGAAAUAUACAUAUGUCCAUAUACAAAAUUACAUAAAUAAAUAUACACGUAGACUUCAAAUAUAUAAAUAUGCAUAUAUAUUUAAAUUCUACGUGCGUAGUUAUGUAAUAUUUUUACAUAAUUAAGUAAUUUUAUUGAUUGCAAUUUGAGGGACCUGCCUGCCAACCCAGGCCGAAAGUCCAGAGAAUUUAAUUUGCUAGCACUAUAUUUUACCCUGUAACGUUCUACGACAUUCUAUAUAUAUAUAUUUUUUUUUUUUUAAAUAUACAUUAAAGUGGCUCGUUAGUCACCAGAAUAACUACAGCUUAAUGUAGUUGUUAUGGUAUUUAUGCCUGUCCCUGUAGGUUUUUUAAUGUAAAUACUGCCUUUCCAAAGUAAAGGCAGAUGUUCAUAUUGCUGCCUAGUAACACCUUUAGUGGCAGUCACUCAGACGGCCCCUAGAAGUGCUUCCUGGGUCAGUGCAGCACACUAUGUAGCAGUGACGUUCACCGUCUCCACGCUCUGCAUGGAGGCACUGAAACUCCUCAUAGAGAUGCAUUGAUUUAGUGCAGCACUGUGAGGAGAUGCUGGUUGGUGCAGCGUGGCAUUUUGCUUCGCAUGCGCUUUAGCCUCCCAGUACUCUUAUAUGGGAAAGCAUUGUAAAUUUGAUGAUCUAAGCCAAGGAGCCAGCAGCAGCAAAACCAAAAGGUGCUGGGAAAAAAAGGUCAGUAAAACAUAUUUUUACUGCAGGGAGAGUGGGGUGGUAAUCUGAACGGCGUUCUUAGAGUUAUAAUGGCAGGAAUACAUGUUUGUAUUCCUGACAUUAUAGUGUUCCUUUAAAUAACAAAUUUAAAUUUGUGGCAAAUAAAUGUGCAUACAACUUUUAAAUGAAUACAUGGAAAAAGCACGUUUCCAAUCAAGGUCGUAGUAAAUUAAUUGCUGUGUCCUAUAUGGAAUAUAAACAUAUUUAUUUAUUAUUGGCAUUUAUAAAGCAGGCUAGCCAUUUGUUAUAAACAAGUAAGUAUUUGCCAACCAAAAUUCUAUCAGCCAGAUUAUUAACUACAUGUUACAUCAAGUACAAAAGAUUACAGUAGUAAACUAUAUGUAACAAUGGCAGUAUCUUUAUAGUAAAGUAAUAAUCUAGUAACUAAAUUAAAGAAAUCUGGUUGAAUAUCUUCUCCAUCUCUGUCCGUGCCUUAUAGCUGCAGGACCAUAUGAGCUGCACCACCAUGGUUAGCUUAGCCAGAAAGCUUUUGGCCCUCUGUGAGUCAGGAAGCAGUCAAAACAUUAUAUAUAGAAUGGUUUGACUACUUGUGUUGGAGGGGGGAGUCAGAGGGAUCGGUAGUGCCAGGAAUACAGCUUUGUUUUCCUGGCACUACAGUAUCCAUUUAAAGAGCAUUGAAUUCAAUCUCUACAUUGUGCUAGCACUUUUAUCAGCAAAUGUGUAGAUUGAGAUAAAAAAACUAUUUAUUUAUAAAUGUCUUUCUCUGACCUGUCAAUCAGUUAUUUGGCAUGGACUGUAUGCUGAAGAUUUGAUUUAUAAGUGAGAGCAGAAGAGACUGCCCAUGGGCGUAGCAACCACAGUGCAUGCAUGGUGGUUGCUAUGGUAACUCCCUAGCAGAUGCUACUAACCCUGGCUAGGGAGUAUAGGAACAGUUACUGACAUCACUCGAUUUAGAUGCUGGCAAUGCCACCAUGUCAGCGUGGAAGCGUCCCCCAUGCAGGAUAAGUCAAUGAAGAUACUGGCGAGGGCGGACAGGAGGUGGGUAUUACAGAAAUUUUACACCUGUCUCCGUAAGGACAAUGCAGCGCGGACGGGGAGGGUGAGGUGAGUGAGUCAUGACAGGUUCCCUUUAAGCAUAGUGCUUUUGUAAUCAACAAAUUAUUGUAUUCUCCACACUGCUAGUCACUCUACUGCAAAUUCUUUACGGUUCCACCUAUCCUUCUUGAGUUCUUCUGUCUUAAUGCUUACCUGCGUUGGUUAUUUGUUGGCUUUGGCUUCCUUUUUGGUCCUAUCUCCCCAACCUGUCUUACACAUAAAGCCCUUUAACAAUUCUACAAACAAAGGUUGUGACUACACUGAAACAAUAUGUAUAAACUCCCAUAGAUACAGCUAUCAGGGCAUUGGUGAAGCUCUAUUGCAUAGUCUCAAUGCCCUGAGUUUACUUUAUGUGGCACAAGGCAGUUUAAUGAUCAGCUUGCUCUGUACAUUCUGGCGACUUGGUCUCCAGUGUCCCCAUAUGUGGGGCAGCAGGUAACAAACCGGUACUGUUGGGAGGUAUACAUAUGUGUCGUUUGAUACUUUUUAUUUUUUUACUUAUCCAUGCUUGGCAAUGGCUUAUUCCAGGCGUUUUGCACUUGAUUACUUGUCAUAUUCCAUACACCACAGGUAAAUUGUAUUUGUUCGUGUCUCUCUGUAUUUCAACAUUACAACUAUGCCAUUUGGUGAAUAAGCCAAACUCAUCAGCGAUUGGAGUUUGCAAGCAAUCAUGAAAAAAUAUUAUUUAUAUUUUAGGUGGUCUUGCUGAGGAGGUGGAUGAGAAAAUUUUGCAUGCAGCUUUUAUCCCUUUUGGAGAUAUCACAGACAUUCAGAUACCACUUGAUUAUGAAACUGGUAAGAUAAUGCAGUCUUUCUAAUUUUCCCAAUUUAUGUAUUCACUCUUAGUAUCAGCCCACAUAUAAUAUCAUCACUAAUUUAAAAACUUUUGACUGUUUUGUUCCCUUAAAUGGUUUGAUAUGCUGAAAGGUAGAAUGCUCCUAGGAAAUGUGCUCUGAAAACAGCGAGAUUGCAGUUACAGUAUGAAGUGUCAAUACUGUAAAGGGAAAAUUCAAAAAAUAUACUAGGCUCCAGUGGAUAGGUCAGUCUAGGCAGCUCACUCUCUGAAAUGGUUGCUAUUGUGAAAGGGCCAGCUGGGAAUAUAAAUAAACAGUAAGUAAAACAUUUUAACUAUAGGGCACAAUAAGCUAUGAACCUCUACUGUGGUGGAGGAGGACCACUGAUGUCAACUUAGUUAACACUUCCCUUGGAGUGGGAUGUUUGAAUCCAAUUUUAGAUGCGCCUGUCUUCCUUAUACAACUGACUUCAUGAAUGAGCUUGUCACAGUGAGAUGCACAGAGAUGCUAGUGACCCCAACAGGUUAUCCUGCAUGAUAGGAGUACUUUGGUGCCAUUCACCAGUAAGAGGGCAAGUCUUUUUACAAUGAUUUGCUAUCUUCCCUGGUCCUGCUGGGCACAGACUCCAAUAUAGGCAGGUUUAUGACAUCUGGCUUCUGCAGAGCUGCAGAAGCCGGAUGUUGAUCCAUCUGAUUAUUUAUUGGCUGAGAGCAUCAAUGAAUGAGAGUCUGUGCAUCAACGUUUGGAAACAAUUGACAUUAGCUGGCUCGUAACUCUUGUUCAGGGCUGGCUGCUAAUGCCCCCUACUGGAGGUGAAGUUGCAGCUCCAGCAGCAAAGGGGUUAAACUUGGUAUGUACAGCGUUUGACAGUAAACUCCUACACAUACAGGCAAAUUGGUCCAUGAUCUGUUUCAGAUAUCACUUAGUUUGAAAUUGUUAGAUUAAAAUAAAAAGGACUUAUACCAGCAGACUUUGAAUAAAGAAAGAAACAAUCGUUAAUAAAAUUGUCAAGUGUUUGUUAUAGCAAUAAUAAUAGCCAGGCCCAGCUGUCAUGUAAUUUACUUGGAGUUGGAUUUCCUUAUUAUUAGUAUGAUUGGGAUUUGGUUUUACUGCACCACAAUGUGUUUUCUUCCCUUGUAAACAGAUCCAUAUGUAUUCUGAGGAUUUAUUUUACAAUAGUACAUGUUAUUGUACUUUUCAUGAUUUGUUUAACUUGUUGUUAUAUACUGAUUGACAAUGCAUGUUAUUUAGUGUUUUCUUUUUUUUUUUUUUUUAAAUAGAGAAACACAGAGGAUUUGCUUUUGUGGAAUUUGAAAUCCCAGAGGUAAGCUAUUCCUCUGAUAUUCUCAGGUUGCAGAUAUAUUCUUUUAUAAAAGUUACAUUCAGAAACUAUACUUUUUGAUUAUUCUACAGUUUGUACUCCGUCCUGUUAGCAUCAUUAAUAUAAAGUUACACAUGCACAGCAGGCUCCCUGAUGUGUAACAUCUUAACAGGUGGCAGAGAUGUCACUGCGGUUGAUGUAAAGGAUGCUGUUGAUUAAGCUGGUUGAUCUAGAACGGUCAACGGUUUGAUUAUACAUAAUUGUUUGCACCAUGUUAGUAACAUACAUUGACUUGGUUAUGGUAUUAAAAUACAUUUUCAGAAUUCUAAGAAAUCUAUUUAUCCAGAUGUUUAAUAUAACUCCAUUUGUAAUUUGAUUUUUUUUUUUUUUUCUUCUAGGAUGCUGCUGCUGCUAUUGAUAACAUGGUAUGUCUAAUUUGCCAAAUCAUGCUGCUCCUUCUUUACAUUAUUGUGUGAUUGUUGUGAAAGUCAUUAUAAUCAUACUUAUAAAAUACUUUAAUUUGAGUUUUUUGUCUGAAUAUAAUGUAAUGAUUAGUAUGUAUUAGUUAUUGUGGAUGAACGUACAUUAUAUUUUUUUAUUUCAUAGAAUGAGUCAGAAUUGUUUGGAAGAACGAUACGUGUCAAUCUGGCUAAACCCAUGAGGUUAAAAGAAGGGUCUUCCAAAGCUGGUAAGUGCUAAUUACACCAAACACUGUAUAUAUAAUUGUCAUGUAAAGACUGUUCAUGUCCAGUAAACCACAGGCUUUGUAAAUACCCAACAAAUAUGCAAAAGUAUAAAUAUGUUGUGAAUGGUGGUGGGGUGCAACUCGGUAUUACAUCUGCAAACUUCUAAAUGAAGAAAUAUCACAAAACAGAAUCUCAAGGUGGCUUCACCACCAUGUAAAAAUGUAUAAUUUAAAAAUGUUAAUUUAAAACAAGAGUUAAUUUGGCAGUUACCCUUUACAAGUAAUUUCCCAUUACGCUGGUCAUCUAUACAAACACUUUACACAUAAAGUCCCCUGCGUGCAAAGUUGGCUUCUAUUGGCUGUAGUGCAAUUGGUUGUGGCUGUAUUUUACUUACAGUCUCUCCUACUUUGAGCAGUCUAUUUCUGGUUGGUAAUGCAUGGUGUAGGACAAGCUCUUGCUGCAGGCUUUUGCUACAGCACAACUAAAAUCCUGCAUAUUAAGAAAGGUACAUUAUCAAUCACAAAAUCCAUUGGGUUUACAUUCACAACAGUGACCGUUCAUCUUGGGCUUCAAUUUGUGUGCAAGCAGUUUCAUUUUCUUUCUUGUUACUGACCUGUGACUGGAUACCCUCACAAUUUCUUUGCAUUUUUUCACUGAAAACUUCAAAGACAACUGCAUAAUGGUUAAAGCACCACUAUAGGCACCCAGACCACUUCAGCUCAAUGAAGUGGUCUGGGUGCCAGGUCCAUCUAGGAUUAACCCUUUCUGCUGUAAACAUAGCAGUUUCAGAGAAACUGCUAUGUUUACAAAUGGGUUAAUCUCAUUGACAGCCGCUAGAGGCGCUUCCGCGCUUCUCACUGUGAGGGAGCCCGGCACUGGGAAAAAAGGUAAGGGAUUAACCCCUUCCUCUCCAUUCAGCCUGGCGGGAGUGGGACCCCGAGGGUGGGGGCACCCUCAGGGCACUAUGGUGCCAGCAAAACGAGUAUGUUUUCCUGGCACUAUAGUGGUCCUUUAAUAAUGAAUAUACAACUGAAAUCGAAUUUCCCUUUUUUACAAGCAGAUUUCUGGUUGUGGCUGGAUUGCUUUUUUUUAAUUGUCUUUCAUGCCUUGGGUAGAAAAUAAUCAAUAUUCCUGUCAUCCGGUUAGUUUGGUCUGAUGAUGACUGGCUAAAGAAGUUCUCUGGAAAAACAUUGGAAGAAAAUCAAGAAGGGGAAGUAACAGAUGCAUCCAAAACAGAAAUUAAAGAGGUACCAUUGACUUUCUAAAGAGAACUACAUUUCAUGCACACUUUUUUUUUUAAAUGAAAGACAAAUUAUAUAAGCUUUUAUGUUUGUGUGUGCCAUGAAUAAAUGUCAAAUUAACUUUAAAUUGAAUUUUAUAUUUCUGAUUUACGGUACAUUUACCCCAUAUGAAAGUAUGCACAUACGCAUUAACACAUCAUAUUCCAUUUACAAUUUAGUUCUUUCCCAUCUCAUUCUUAAACUGCUGUACACCCUUUGGUUGAUCUUGGGAUUAUUUUUACGUAAUGACUAAUAGUAAAUAUUUACUCACUGUUCAGAUGAUAUUAUUUAACGAAUAAAAAUAGAGAAAUAGAAUCUUCUUUGCGCACUUUACUGUAGGCAGCUUCUAAGCUAUAAAACACACCUGGAAGUGUAUGUACAAAUUUAAUUAAAAGCCAUACAGAGCCAAACCAUUUUAGGAAGAAAUAUAACCUUGUGUGUCUGUGAUAUAUUAUACCGUUCUAUACAUCGUAUAUUAGCUUGUGUUUUACUUCAGUUCCAGAAGCCAUAGUGUUUUUGGCUGAACUGAACUGAACUUUGAACUAUAAUAAAUUUGUCUCAAUGAUUGAAUUUGAAUUGAUUUGAAUUUUGUAAAUGUUUGAAUUUUUUCAGGGAGAACCACCUGCAAAAAAAGUACGUGCAAACCCGCAAGUUUACAUGGAUGUUAAGAUAGGGAACAAACCUGCUGGUCGCAUUCGAUUCUUGCUUCGAGCUGAUAUUGUGCCGAUGACAGCAGGUAUGUGCAUAAUUCACUUGUAUGCUGCAUUGGGUGAAGUUGCCUGAACACAUUCAGUGUGAUAACGAGCGGUAUUUUACGAGUGUAUGUCUGAUCUUGUGGGGAGUGUUUUGUGUUCAGUACAAGGUUUUUUUUUUUUUCUCUUCAUUACUGUUAGUGUUAAAUAUAUCAAAGUACUGAAGCAAUAACAUUGGAACACUUUAGGCAAGUCCUCUUCUCUGGAUAUGUCCUAUUUGCAAGUAAGCAAAAGGGUUGACAAAGUGAUUCCAUUAGACAUCAGGAAAGUAAAGAUUUAAAAAUAUCCAUGAUCGGGUCUUUUCUAUGAAUAGCUGGUGUCUGUCAGUAGCACACAUAGCAUUCUGCAGACAGACGGCAAAUGGAGAGAUUACACCCCUCCUCAGUCUGUCCUCAUUGUCAUCCCUUCCUCUCCAGUGGGAGGGAAUUAUGUCACCGGAGGAGGAUUGGGCUGGCAACUUGUCCUCCCUUUGGAAUGGAGGUACAUUUUAGCUUGAUUCCUCUUAUGUUAGGAAUAAAUUUAUGUAUUCCUAGUGCUAUAGUGUCCCUCUACCUUCCUUCUCUGUUCUGCUCCCUCCCUGGCUGACGUUAUCAAGAUUGAUGAUCUCAGCCAAUACAAUGCUUGUCCAUAGAGAAGCACUUGGAAAUGUACAGAACAAACACUGUGCUGCACCAGUCAAAUGCUUUUCCAUGAGAUUCAAUGAUAACAUUGGCGUUCCUGAAGAGUUGCAGGGUUUAAAAGACAUACAAAGCACCCAGACUAUUUCAUUGGGAUGGAACAAUCAAGGUGCCUAUAGAUUCCCUUUAUUGAUCAGUUGUAACUAAUAAAGCUACCACUAAACUGAAUUGUAGCAAAACUAAAUAUGAAUGGUUAAACUGUAACUAACUCUUGUAGCCUAAGGUUUGCCAUUUAAAAUUUCAAUUUGCUACAAUUUGGAAUCUAAUCUCAAAGAGCAGGAAUAAAAAUUGGGGUUUGUCUCACAUUUGGCACUGGUUUUUAAUACACUUUUAAAAUUAUUUAUUCAAAAUGUUUAUAUAGAAAUUUUAUAUAUACAGGGAGUGCAGAAUUAUUAGGCAAAUGAGUAUUUUGACCACAUCAUCCUCUUUAUGCAUGUUGUCUUACUCCAAGCUGUAUAGGCUCGAAAGCCUACUACCAAUUAAGCAUAUUAGGUGAUGUGCAUCUCUGUAAUGAGAAGGGGUGUGGUCUAAUGACAUCAACACCCUAUAUCAGGUGUGCAUAAUUAUUAGGCAACUUCCUUUCCUUUGGCAAAAUGGGUCAAAAGAAGGACUUGACAGGCUCAGAAAAGUCAAAAAUAGUGAGAUAUCUUGCAGAGGGAUGCAGCACUCUUAAAAUUGCAAAGCUUCUGAAGCGUGAUCAUCGAACAAUCAAGCGUUUCAUUCAAAAUAGUCAACAGGGUCGCAAGAAGCGUGUGGAAAAACCAAGGCGCAAAAUAACUGCCCAUGAACUGAGAAAAGUCAAGCGUGCAGCUGCCACGAUGCCACUUGCCACCAGUUUGGCCAUAUUUCAGAGCUGCAACAUCACUGGAGUGCCCAAAAGCACAAGGUGUGCAAUACUCAGAGACAUGGCCAAGGUAAGAAAGGCUGAAAGACGACCACCACUGAACAAGACACACAAGCUGAAACGUCAAGACUGGGCCAAGAAAUAUCUCAAGACUGAUUUUUCUAAGGUUUUAUGGACUGAUGAAAUGAGAGUGAGUCUUGAUGGGCCAGAUGGAUGGGCCCGUGGCUGGAUUGGUAAAGGGCAGAGAGCUCCAGUCCGACUCAGACGCCAGCAAGGUGGAGGUGGAGUACUGGUUUGGGCUGGUAUCAUCAAAGAUGAGCUUGUGGGGCCUUUUCGGGUUGAGGAUGGAGUCAAGCUCAACUCCCAGUCCUACUGCCAGUUCCUGGAAGACACCUUCUUCAAGCAGUGGUACAGGAAGAAGUCUGCAUCCUUCAAGAAAAACAUGAUUUUCAUGCAGGACAAUGCUCCAUCACACGCGUCCAAGUACUCCACAGCGUGGCUGGCAAGAAAGGGUAUAAAAGAAGAAAAUCUAAUGACAUGGCCUCCUUGUUCACCUGAUCUGAACCCCAUUGAGAACCUGUGGUCCAUCAUCAAAUGUGAGAUUUACAAGGAGGGAAAACAGUACACCUCUCUGAACAGUGUCUGGGAGGCUGUGGUUGCUGCUGCACACAAUGUUGAUGGUGAACAGAUCAAAACACUGACAGAAUCCAUGGAUGGCAGGCUUUUGAGUGUCCUUGCAAAGAAAGGUGGCUAUAUUGGUCACUGAUUUGUUUUUGUUUUGUUUAUGAAUGUCAGAAAUGUAUAUUUGUGAAUGUUGAGAUGUUAUAUUGGUUUCACUGGUAAUAAUAAAUAAUUGAAAUGGGUAUAUAUUUGUUUUUUGUUAAGUUGCCUAAUAAUUAUGCACAGUAAUAGUCACCUGCACACACAGAUAUCCCCCUAACAUAGCUAUAACUAAAAACAAACUAAAAACUACUUCCAAAAAUAUUCAGCUUUGAUAUUGAGUUUUUUGGGUUCAUUGAGAACAUGGUUGUUGUUCAAUAAUAAAAUUAAUCCUCAAAAAUACAACUUGCCUAAUAAUUCUGCACUCCCUGUGUAUAUAUAUAUAUAUAUAUUAUAUUCACACACACACUAUAUAUUACAUUUACAUUUUUUUUAACGCUUACUCAUUGAGGCCCACGUCUGGAGAGGUACUUUUUUGUCUGUUACUUACUAUUUAUUUGUUAUAAAAAAAUUCCUUAGUGAUGCUAAUCUGUAAACAACUAUUUUAAGCAGUUUGAUUACCUGUAAAAUAAUUGGAAUAUAUUGCAAAUUUCAUGUCCUUGUUUUAGGCUUAAGGGAUUUAUAUGCUAAAAAGCAGUUGUUGGAAAUUGACAGUUGCAUAUUUUAAGCCAAAAUAGUUGUGCUGUAAAAUGCUCUUCUGCAUUUUUGUUUAAAAUUUGCAAUUCCAUGAAUCCUUAUUUCCCAAUACUACCAUGUUAUUUUAAUAAAUGCCAAAUUUGUCAAUUAUUCAAUAAGAGGACCUAAAAAUGAUAUCCUUCAAGAUACACAAUUAUUAGGACAUUUCUCUGCUGUCCAGAGAACUGAUGACAUAUGUAAAUGCUGAUAAUUCUACUUCCUGUCCAUAGAAAACUUCCGCUGCUUGUGCACCCAUGAAAAGGGAUUUGGCUUCAAGGGCAGUAGUUUCCACAGAGUCAUUCCGCAGUUCAUGUGCCAGGCAGGAGAUUUUACCAAUCACAAUGGUACAGGAGGGAAAUCUAUAUAUGGAUCCAAGUUUGAAGAUGAAAACUUUAUUUUGAAACACACAGGUCCAGGUAUGUAGUCGCUCCUGAUACGAGACUAUGAGACAAUCCUUUUGUUUUGGUCUCACUGCAGCUUUGUUUCUUGAAAUAUUUCUGCUCAAUAUAAAAGUCAUAUGCUAAAUUUCAGUAGUCUAGGAUUUCCCAGAAGUACAUUUUUACAUUUUAAAACACUAGAGGCAUCCAAACCACUUCAUCUCACUGAAGUGGUCAAAAUGCACGGUCUCUGUCUCCUUAACCCUUCAGCUGAAAACAUUGCAGUUUUAGAAAAAGAUACUUUAGAGGUGAAAAUAGAAACUUAUUCCUGAUGUAUGCAGAAAAGAUUAGUUUAACAAAAAUGAGGAAGCAUUAGCCUGAGCAGCAUUGGGAUGUGGCUGAGAGUGUCAUCUGACUGCUUUCCACCAAUAACUGUUCCCAUUGCUGUUAUGAAUUGAUAUGGCUUGAAGGAAAUGUAUAAUCUAUGCCCUAGCCAUACUUCCAGUAGGGGCCUGGCUGUGAAAGGCAGGAUCCAUUCACUCCAUGUUAAAUUGCUUGAAAAUGAGUUAACACUGAAUAGAAGGACAGUGCCAGGGGACUACAGGCACAAUAACAAAUUCAGCAAGAUGAAAUGGUUAUAGCGCCUAUUGUGCACUUCAAUAUGUUUUAUGCCUAAACGAUUCAUAGACUGCACUGUAACCAUAAUAGUAAGCUGAAGUGUUUAUAAUGCUUAGAGUAGUCCUUUAAUCAAAGUUCCACAUAAAAAUACACAAUGAUUUGGAUAAAUUGAGGGACUGGACAGGCAGGUGGCAGAGGAAAUUCAAUGCAGAUAAAUACAAAGUCAUGUAUUUUUGGGGGAAAAAAACCACAAACAUCUUAUACAUUAAAUGGGGUUGAAUUAAGUAUAACAUUAAAUGAAAAGGACUUGGGAGCUAAGUAACAGUAUGCAAUGCCAGUCUGCUUUUGCAAAUUUUAGUAAGGUUCUUUCAUUAAGAAGUGGUAUUCACGUGAUCAAGAUCAAAUGUUGCCUCUUUACAAAUCAAUGGUAAAACCCCAGCUUAAAUAUGAGGUGCACCUUAAAGGCACAGAAACGCAAAGGAUUUGAGCCAUCACAUUAGGCUCUAGUAUAUGUGAGUGCACCAUCUCACGUUUUAUAUACAUGUAAGGUGUUGUAAAUACCGUAUUACAUUAUAUUGGUUUAUCGGUUUUGUAUAUAUUGACAAAGUUGUUAGAAAACCCUACAAGCUAUUGGGUAAGUAAUAGAAAGCACUACUCCAUUAUACACUUUUUACAUUAUAUGAAAUAUGAAUUGCUAAAAUCUUCAUGAGAUUGUGACUAAGAUUUUACUUUCCACCAGGAUUGUUGUCAAUGGCAAAUUCUGGAACCAACACCAAUGGCUCUCAGUUCUUUAUCACUUGUGACAAGACAGACUGGCUUGAUGGGAAACAUGUGGUAUUUGGAGAAGUGAUGGAAGGAAUGGAUGUGGUGCAGCUAAUAGAGGUGAGUAUUACUGUUGUACUCAUGUUUGCUAACCAAAAUUACAUCUAGUACGAUAGUUACAUCUGUCUGUGUUGCUCUAUUGAACUCCUUUCCUUUGUUAUUUAAAGAUUGCAAUUCGCACUGUCAUUUCAUAUGCAAUCAUUUUUAACUUGUUUCUUGUUAUUCCUAGGUGAAUGAUCUAAAAAAAAAAAAAAAAAAAAAUUUUAUAUUUGGAUACAAAUCCCAUUCAGCUAAGCUGAGCAAAUCAAAUGUUUAAUUGUGGGUGAAUGAAUCAAUUCUUUCGUACACUGAUUAACAGGCAUUUGUUAUGUUGAGCACAGCUAAUUGGGAUUUGUGCAUAUGUCUACUUUUUUUUUGGCUAUAAAAACGCUUUCCUUUUCCUUUUAACCCCUUAACGCUGUUAUGGCGUUCUAUGCCGUCCCGCAUUAAGUGGGCUUUAAAGCCGUUGCGGCGGCAUAGAACGCCUUAACGGCUUUGAGCCUUGGAGAGCCCGGGAUACUUACCUACCCGGCGCUCUGCUUCAGGAGGACUGCCUCACAGCCCAGGCAGCCCUCCAACGGCAAAAGAAGCCCCCGGGGGCCAUGUGAUCGCUCUCAAAGAGCGAUCACAUGGCCCCCUAUAGCUGGCUGUGGAUCUGCCAGCAGGGGGACUCUUUGAAAUGUCAAAGUCCCCCUGCUGGUGGGAAAGUAAAAAAAAAUAUUAUUAGACAUGUUAUAAAAUAUAUAUAUAUAUAUAAUGUAUAUAUGUAUAUGUGUGUGUAUAUAUAUUAUAUGUAACGUCAUACAUAGUGUAUUUUAAUAUAAGCACAUAUUAGUAUUAAAAUACACUUAGAAUGACGAUAUAUAUAUGUAAUUACAAUAAUAAAAAUAAAUAAAUAAAAUUUAAUAUAAAUUAUAUAUUCAUAUGUAAUUUCAUUCUAACUGUAUUUUGUUAUAUAUAUAUAUAUAUAUAUAUAUAUAUAUAUUACAUUAGUAUACAUGUAGAAUUUAAAUACCUAUAAAUGCAUAUAUAUUAAAAUUCUACGUGUAUAUUUAAGUAAUCUUUUAGCAUAAUUAUGUGAUUUAAAUAAUUAAAAUUUGAUUGACAUGCCUGACAACACAGGGAGAAAGUGCAGAGAAUUUAAUUCGCAAGCACUAUAUUUGACCCUGCAACUCUCCAAGACACUAAAAAACCUGUACAUAGGGGGGUACUGUUUUACUCUGGAGACUUCGCUGAACUCAAAUAUUAGUGUUUCAAACUGGUAAAUUGUAUUACAACGAUGAUAUUUUAAGUAAAAGUGAGGUUUUUUGCUUUUUUUUUUUUUAUUUUUUUUUAUUUUUUUACAAACGAACUGCACUUUUAUGGACUAUAUUAUUGUUAUAUGUUUUACUGUUUUGAAACACUAAUAUGUGUUUAGUGAAGUCUCCCGAGAAUAACAGUACCCCCCAUGUACAGGUUUUAUGGUGUUUUGGAAAGUUAGAGAGUCACAUAUAAGGCUUGCAUUUCAUUUUUUUGACAUUGAAAUUUGCCAGAUUGGUUAUGUUGCCUUUGAGAACGUAAGGUAGCCCAGGAAUGAGAAUUACCCCCAUGAUGGCAUACCAUUUGCAAAAGAAGACAACCCAAGCUAUUGCAAGUGGGGUAUGUCCAGGCUUUCUGAGUAGCCACUUAGUCACAAACACUGGCCAAAUAUUAGUUAUUUGCUUUUUUCACACAAAUACAAAUAUGAACGCUAACUUUGGCCAGUGUUUGUGACUAAGUGGCUACUAAAAAAGACUGGACAUAACCCAAGGUAUUGAAAGUGGGGUGUCUACUUUUUCAAAUGGUAUGCCAUUAUGGGGGUAAUUCUCAUUCCUGGGCUACCACACCGUUUCAAAGGUAACAUUACUAAUCUGGCAAAUUUCAGUUUGAAAAUGGAACGUUCUAUAUUUGACCCUGUAACUUUCCAAAACACCAUUAAACCUGUUAAUGGGGGUACUGUUGUACUCGUGAGACAUCGCUGAUUACAAAUAUGUGCAUUUUUUUGCAGUAAAACCUAACGGUAUUUUGACAUUCACAGCUAAAAUGUCAGACGGAAAUACAAAUUUAAAAAAAGAAAGUCUUCUUUUCUCAAUUUUUUUUAAAUUUUAUUCAUAAUAAAUUAUGUUCCAUAUAUGAAUAGUUAAUGAUAAAUUAAAGCCCUGUUUCCCCUGAACAAAAAGAUAUAUAAUGUGUGGGUGCACUUAAUGUGACAGCGGUGAAUUACGGUUGAACAGACAUAUAGCGCAAAUUCCAGUUUUUGUUUACGUUUUGUUUUGAAACGUGCACUAUUGACUCCGUCCUGAAGGGGUUAAACUCUGUCUCUUUUGGCAGGAGGUUAUCUUUUUAAUGUAUGCAUGUUUACCAUUAAUAUCACGUAGAAUUGAUAAAUAAGACACCAGUUUGUGAAGUCUCAGUACAAAUGUUCUGGUUGAAAGAGAAAGUGCACUUUACAAAAAAUGUUUUUGUUUCUAAUGUUUAUUUAUAAUUUCUGUUUUAUUUCCAGGCUCAGGGUAGCAAGGAUGGGAAACCUAAACAAAAAGUGAUCAUCUCGGACUGUGGGGAAUAUGUGUGAUGUUUGGUCUUUUUGGUUGUAUGAUGUAAUUAUUAUAUUCAAAAAUAUUUUGUAAAUUUUCUUUUGAUAAAUAAAACCUCUCAUUUUUUUG